UUGCUGUUUGACUUCCCCCGAUCGUGAUUUCAAACUUUUAUAUUAUGACACUACUUGUUGUGCAGUGUGCCGCCGCCGCGGCAGAAUCCUGUACAAGCAUCAGCAGUGUCCGGACGCUGCCGGCCAUGAUAAUCACGGACGUGCAUUAUGGAAAAUGAAUAACUGCCGGCCACAUCAUUCGUUUGUUUCUUUUAUCAUGAAAUUACAUAUCUCAGUCUUAUUGAUGCGUUAAUAUUGUCCGACGACGAAUGUUGUGUGUUAUUUUUUCUCCUGCUGACACACUAAGCCGAUUAGUUAAAACAGCUUAAUUUGUCCAAUCGUUCAUGAUUAUUUUAUCUGCAUAUGCUUGGUAGCUGAAUAUUGUACAACUGUGUCGCUGCUGACCGUUAUGGAAAAAAAUACUAAACCAAUUGAGUGGAACAAGGCUUGAUGUACUGUGCACAUAUAAUUAACUGGAUUGAUCCACAAGCCGCUUAUUGUUCCGAUCACAUGGAGAAUCGCGCUGAAACGGCAAUUCGGACACCGGAUCGUAUUACGUUGGCGGUGCUAUAGUGAAAAUCUAAUAUACGGCAUCGGAAAAGCGCUUAUCGUUGGAUUCGUUUUCGGAGCUGUACGCCACGGUUUUCUCAUCAAGCGGGAAUUAAAACACUACAUUUAUAAAGGUGGAUGUUAUGUCAUAUGCGAAUAUCGAUUGAGUGGGAGAUUGUUUUCCAUUCUGCCUGGUCUGUGCCUGCAAUAUCCGGUUGAUGUCCAUGGGUGAAUUUUUCUAUAUGAUUUACGACGACUGCAUUUUCCGGCCAUAUCGUCAGAGCACGGUUAUGCAUUAAUCUAACAAUUUAUAUCAUGCCGCCAGCCUCCGCGUUACCCAAACAUAUUGCCCAUUCCCUGUACGGUGCCAACACGAAUCUCAGCAAGAAGGGACUUCCGUUCCGGCCAAAGGUCACCCAUGAAGCGCUCAACGCUGUACUGCAGCAGCGCAAAUCUCUUAAUGAUCGUCAGCCGGAUGCGGUGGCGGAGUAUGAUCACUAUACCGGAAAUAAUAAUCCCUACGAGUCGUUGUCGUGCGGCGACAGUGACGAAAUUGCCAGCGAUAGCGUCAGUAUGACGACGGAGAAGUCGGAGACCAGCACCGAUGACCUUGGGUCAACUGUGUCGUGCAGCAGCAGUAGUGGCUUUGAAUACGAUCACCAUCUGAAAUUCCACUGUAAGGAAUUCCAAAUGGAGCCGGAUGAUCAUUUUAUCGCCUCAAGUAUCUUGACACGAUCACCUUGUGGGACCUCUCCCAUCGUCAGCCGGAAGGGAUCAACGCGAGGCGUACGGGGCCGUGUCAGAGCCACCAUCGAUAAUUUCAACGAAGCCGCAGACGCCGGUCUCCAUUGCAAGAACUAUCAGCUGAUUGAAAGAGGACGCGCCGUCUUAUAUGUGACAUCUCUUGCUGUGUGCCGGAGUCCAUUCCUUCGUUGUCUGGAAAUACGAAAAAUCCUACAUAACCUUAUGGUCAAAUAUACAGAGUGUGAUCUUUACAUAAAUCGAGAUUACCAGCAGGAAUUAAAGGAGCGGCUGGGUUGCGAAAAAAGUGAAGGUGUACCACAACUGUUUGUCGAAGGACAGUAUGUUGGGGAUUUUGAUGUCAUACAGAGACUUAACGAGAGUGGUCAGCUGCGGAUUCUGCUUAAACCUUACAAGAUGAUGGGUGUCCUUCCACCAUGUCAGCGUUGUGGUGGAUUUUCCGUCGUUCCGUGCACCGUAUGUUGCGGAAGUAAGAAGAGCACACACCGCAAUGCUUUCACGGAUCAGUUCCAUGCUCUGCGGUGCUCCUCCUGUGAUGCCAAUGGUCUGCAGCGGUGCCCUUUAUGUACAAGUGCAACCUGAACAAAUGAUUCUCACAUUUGAAUGUUUUGUACGGAUAAUACUAGUUUUUUGUUUAUAAAUUACAGGGAUUGUGCAUUAGCUAUAGAUUGAAACCAUCUGGUAAAACAAAAAAGCUGUACUGAAUAAAUGCUCAUAUCUGAAAAUGUGCUGCACGGAAAAAGAUGUAACAAAAUAUGCAUCAUUUUAUGGACGUUAGACAAAAUUUCGUUGUGAUGCAGAAGAUUCGGAUUUAAAUUGUAACAUCGAUAUAACGUUAUGCCUUC